AUGAACCCGCAGGAGACCAGCGUGGAGCUGAAGGAUGCUGCACAGACCAAAGAUGCUGAGCAGAAAGAUGCUGAGCAGAAAGAUGCUGAGCCGAAGGAUGCUGAGCCGAAAGAUGCUGAGCCGAAGGAUGCUGAGCCCAAAGAUGCUGAUGCGACUGAGGCCGAUGUGAGUGAGGCCGACCUGGACCAGGAGGAGCAGGAGAAGCAGCCGAUGACCGGAGGAGAGGAGCGCGCGGCGGACGGCUCCUCUACCGGCGGAGAGGCGGAGAAGAACGGCUCCGUGAAGCUGAAGAUCCCGGACGACGACGAGGAUGAUGAGGAGGAGGAGGCGGAGGAGAAGGAGGGGAAGGAGGAGGUGAAGUUCACCGGGCUGAGCAAGGAGGAGCUGCUGCGCGUGGCCGGGACCCCGGGCUGGGUCCGGACCCGCUGGGCGCUGCUGGUGGUGUUCUGGCUCGGCUGGUUGGGGAUGUUGGGUGGAGCCGUGCUCAUCAUCCUGCAGGCGCCUCGCUGCAGAGACCUGCCCUCCAUCAGCUGGUGGAACGAAGGGCCGCUGUACCAGAUCGGAAACAUCCAGGCCUUCACCGACACUCACAACCUGAAGGGCGUGGAGCAGAAGAUGGACAGAUUGUCGAAGCUGAAGAUCAAAGGUUUGGUAGUCGGACCGAUCCACGUCGCUCCGGCAGACGAACCCAUGAAUCUGAGGUUCGAGGAGAUUUCCUCUGAAGCUGGAAACCUGGAUCAGUUUAAAAGCCUCGUCCUGGCUGCUCACAAGAAGGGUAUUUAUGUGGUCCUGGAUCUGACUCCAAACUACCAGGGAUCAUCUGGACCUUGGUUCUCCAACAUCAGUGUGACCAACGUGGCUGAGAGACUCAAGUCUGCUCUGGUGUUCUGGCUGAAUGAAGGCGGUGUGGACGGGGUGCAGCUGUCGGGGGUGGAGCGUGUCGCCAGCGUGGUGCCGUCUCUGUGGACCGACAUCCGAGCCAUCGUCCAGAACGAGACGAGCGAGCUUCCCGGCAGAAGAGUGCUGAUCGGAGUCACAGAUCGAUCCUCGGCUGAUGAUGUGUCGGACCUCCUCUCCUCUACCGGAGUCGACCUGCUGAUCUCCAGGGUCCUUCGCCCCGGAGACACAGACGCCAUGGAGUCCGCUCAGUCCGUCCAGCUCUUGUAUUCAUCCCACAACCAGACCAAGCUAGUCUGGAGCUUGGGGAGCCGGACCAAUGGCCACCUGGCGUCGCUGGUGGGCCCGGCGCUGGUGAAGCUGCACCAGCUGCUGCUGCUGACGCUUCCCGGGACGCCGGUCUUCAACUACGGGGACGAGAUCGGCCUGAUGGACGAGGACAACAAGUUUCCCAAGAUGCUUUGGGACUCUGGAGAGAAGCCGAAUGGGACUCUGGAGGAGGAGCUGGAGCAGCGUCUGUCCUGUCACAGAUUUUUCCAGAGUGUGAGCGAGCUGCGGGGUAAAGAGCGCUCGCUGCUGUUCGGAGACUUCGUGGUCCUCUUCAACUCGUCAUCCUCUCUGGCGUACCUGCGUGUCUGGGAUCAGAGCGAGCGUUACGUGGCCGCCUUUAACUGGGCAGAAGAGGCGGCGCUGCUGGAGCUGAGGGAUGCCACGCUGCCCCGGCAGGCGUCGGUGGCCGCCAGCACCAAAAGCAGCGCCCUGCCCACAGAAAGCAGCGUGGACCUGACAAAGCUGCGGCUCGGCCCCGGACAGGCCGCGCUCCUCAAGUUUCCCUACACAGGAUAA